CUCUCCCUCUCUCUGCAGAUGCCUGAUUACAAACGAGCUACUUUGCAGGAGGAGGAGGGGGUGGAGGCGGCGGGGGAUGGGAACGCCUCUCCCGACAGCGUGGAGGUGGGGUUCAGGAAAGGGGUCAUGCCCUUGCUGAGCCACCUGGGCUCACGGACUCAGCUAGAGCUGGUUCUCUGCGCCAUCUCCCUCUUCCUGGCCAUGCUGCUGGCAGGCUCUAUGAUCACCCUGGGUGUCCAGUACAACAAAGACCCUUCCCACAGCACGUGCCUGACGGAGGCCUGCAUCCGCGUGGCCAGCAAAAUCUUGGAGGCACUGGACCGGGAGACCGACCCCUGCAAGGACUUCUACCAGUACUCGUGUGGCGGGUGGAUCAAGCGGAAUCCACUUCCCGAUGGGCGCUCCAAAUGGAGCACGUUCAACAGCAUCUGGGACCAGAACCAGGCCAUCAUGAAGCACCUCCUAGAGAACACCACGUUCAACUCCAGCAGCGAGGCCGAGAGGAAGACGCAGCGGUACUACCUGUCCUGCCUGAAGGAGCAGAAAAUCGAGGAGCUGGGCUCGCAGCCCCUCAUGGACCUCAUUGAGAAGAUCGGUGGGUGGAACAUCACAGGGCCGUGGAGCCAGAACAACUUCAUGGAGGUCCUGAAGAUGGUAUCCGGCACAUACCGGGCCUCACCCUUCUUCACCGUCUAUGUGGGCGCUGACUCCAAGAGCUCCAACAGCAACAUCAUCCAGGUGGAUCAGUCUGGCCUCUUCCUCCCCUCCCGUGAUUACUACCUGAACAAGACAGCCAACGAGAAGGUGCUGGUCGCUUACCUGGACUACAUGGUAGAGCUGGGGAUGCUGCUUGGAGGGGCCCAGGAGUCCACGCGGGAGCAGAUGCAGCAGGUUCUCGAGCUGGAGACCCAGCUGGCCAACCUGACCGUGCCCCAGGAUGAGCGGCGGGAUGAUGAGAAGAUCUACCACAAGAUGAGCAUUGCCGAGCUGCAGGCGCUGGCCCCUGCCAUUGACUGGCUGGAUUUCAUCUCCUACGCGCUGUCGCCGCUGGAGUUGGCCGACACGGAGCCUGUGGUGGUGUACGGGCACGAGUACCUGCAGCAGGUCUCCGAGCUCAUCAACAGCACUGACAGGAGCAUCCUGAACAACUACAUGAUGUGGAACCUGGUUCAGAAAACAGCCUCGAGCCUGGACCAGCGAUUCGAGACAGCCCAGGAGAAGCUGCUGGAGACCCUCUACGGCACCAAGAAGUCCUGCACACCGCGCUGGCAGACCUGCAUCUCCAACACCGAUGACACGCUGGGCUUUGCUCUGGGCUCCCUGUUUGUGAAAGCCACCUUUGACCGGGACAGCAAGGCCAUCGCAGAGGAGAUGAUCAGUGAGAUCCGGACAGCUUUUGAGGAGGCCCUGGACCAACUCGACUGGAUGGACGAGAAGACAAAGCAGGCAGCGAAGGAGAAGGCAGACGCCAUCUACGACAUGAUCGGCUUCCCAGACUUCAUCCUGGACAACAAGGAGUUGGAUGAUGUCUACGACGGGUACGAGGUCUCUGAGGACUCCUUCUUCCAGAACAUGCUGAACUUCUACAAUUUCUCUGCCAAGGUCAUGGCUGACCAGCUGCGGAAACCCCCCAACCGGGACCAGUGGAGUAUGACCCCACAGACCGUCAACGCCUACUACCUGCCUACCAAGAAUGGCAUCGUCUUCCCCGCCGGGAUCCUGCAGGCUCCCUUCUACGCGCGUGACCACCCCAAGGCUCUCAACUUCGGUGGCAUCGGCGUGGUGAUGGGGCACGAGCUCACACAUGCUUUCGAUGACCAAGGCCGGGAAUAUGACAAGGAAGGCAACCUGCGUCCCUGGUGGCAGAACUCUUCUCUGGAGGCCUUCAAGAACCGGACAGAGUGCAUGACAGAGCAGUACAGCAAGUAUGCGGUGAACGGGGAGCACGUCAAUGGCAAGCAGACCCUAGGCGAGAACAUCGCCGACAACGGGGGUCUGAAAGCUGCCUACAAUGCCUACAAAGCAUGGCUGCAGAGGAAUGGGGAGGAGAAGCGCCUGCCAGCCGUGGGGCUCACCAACCACCAGCUCUUCUUUGUGGGCUUUGCACAGGUGUGGUGCUCAGUGCGCACCCCGGAGAGCUCACACGAGGGGCUGGUCACCGACCCGCACAGCCCGGACAAGUUCCGCGUCAUUGGCACCCUCAGCAACUCCAGAGACUUUGCCGAGCACUUUGGCUGCGUGGCCAGCUCGCCCAUGAACCCCGGCAAGCACUGCAACGUGUGGUAGGGAGCACAGGCAGCCUACACAGCCAGUCUACCUGCGCACCCAUCUCCCCAGGACACCAGCAGGCAGCAGCAGGCCCAUGAAGACCCCCUCCCAGCCCCCGCUGGAGCAGGACGCCCGGGCCCCAGUGACUGAAGGGCAGCAUCUUGCACCUCCAGCUGGGCAGAGCCAGGGACCCAGCCCCUUCCCCUGCAGUCCCGAGCAGCGCUGAUCCACACCUGCCCUCAGCACCUGCCCCCCUCACUGGGAGGAGCUGCAGCUCCCACCCGAACCAGCCCUGCCCAUCUCAGGCCCUCACCAAGCUCUGCCCACCCAAGACAGCCAUGGACUGAGGGAGCCUCCAAAGGCUGGCUCUUGGCAGCCCUGGCCUGUCCCUCACAGUCCUCCCCUGAGCACCAUAGCACUGCAGAGCCUGGCAGCGAUCUAACGCAGAGCAGUGCCUGCCAGGUACUGGGCGUGGGCACCAGGGGGCAGCACCAGAGCAACAAAACAGGUAGGGACGGAGGAGGCCAGUGAGAGGGCACAACCCUGGAGACCCCUGGGGCAGGCCAGUCUGCCAAGGGGCAUGGGGUUGGCAUGGGUAGGCUGGGAGGGACAGCGAGCGCCCCCCACACCCAUAUGGGACCCUGCCAGUGCACUGCCUGCCAGCCCAUCCUGGGGGAGGGAGGUAAGGGGCAUGGGCCAGAACAGGGGGUGUCACAUCAUGGUGCCUGCAGCACCAGGCUGGCAUGCAGACAACAUCCAGGGCAUUUUUUUUUCUUUUUUAAAAUCAUUUUAAACCAAAUGCAAACCCAGGCUCCCUCUGUGGCCAUGGGGUCCUUGCUAGCAGCCAGGGGGGUGCAGCCCUCCCAGGGCCGGCACCAAAGUCCCCUCCACCACCAAAUGCAGCCCCCUCCCAGCUCCUGCCCCCUGGCCCCAUCCCUCCUGCAACAGCUUAUGUCAGGGCAGCCUGUCCCCAGCCUGUACAAGGCCAAUCAAACAAGGCAUCUCCGAACACAACGGGCUCUUGCUUUUGGGGCAUUUUCUUAAACUCCUUAGGCUCAUUAUAAUCCCAAACCAGCUUGUCUUAGAAACUCCCCAUUGGCUUUAAUCUGGGGGUGCGGGGAGGGGGACCGGUGCCUUCAACUAGCUUUGGUUGGUGGGAGUUACUGAAGGAUUAAAAGCAGUUUCCACUUA